UUGACAGAAGUAUACAGUACAACGUACUUGUGCUCGCUGUGUAAAAUCCAAAUAAUACAAGUCAUUCUAACUAAAUACUCUUUGUCAAAUUUAUUUUACAAGUAAUUUUACAAACUUAGAAUUCAAAAUGCCAGAAGUUUGGGAAGGAAAAGCCUACAAGUUGACCGAAUCGAAGAACUUUGACGAAUACAUGAAGGCACUCGGUGUCGGAUUUGUUCUACGUAAACUUGCAAACUCAGCGAAAUCAACGAUUGAGUUGAAAAAGGAAGGUGAUCAAUACACUUUGGUCAUGUCAUCAACGGUGCGAACAUUCAGCAUUUCAUUUAAAUUGGGUGAAGAGUUCGAAGAACAGACCAUGGAUGGCCGUAAAGUCAAGAGUACUGUUACGUUGGAGGGUGAUAAGUUCAUCCAUAAACAAGAAGGCACACCAUCAUCGAUCACCAUUCGUGAGUUCACCGAAAAGGAAUUGAUUGUAACCAUGACUGUUAAAGACGUUACAUGCAUUCGUAAAUACACGGCCCAAUAAAAAUGACAUCCGGACAAUUUUCGUUCGCAAAAAAAACAAAAAUGAAAAUUUUUUAGGAAGAAACAAAGAGAAAAUACUCCAGAAAGAGUUGAAAAUAAUGCAAAUACCAUCACAUAAAACACAUAAGUAUUGAAACGUUUGAGUAGAUUUGAAUGAAAUAAGUGUAUGAGUGUAAUUUGAUCAUAGCAAUUAUUUUCUCUGUGAACAAUUGUUUGAGAGACAACAACCAAAAAAUGACAACCUGAACCCAAACCGAAUAUUCAAAUGAAACACAACUUUCCGAUUGUUUUUUUUCUCGAGCAAUUUAAUUACUCUCGAUUUCCAUAAUUUUUUAUAUCAAUAUAUUAUAAUCGGUAUUUAACGUAGAGCAGAAGCAUAUCGACAUGUAUUAUAUUUAAUUUAAUGACAAUGAAAUUACAAAAUAUUUAAGUAAAACCAAUCUUAUGUGGCAUUUUAAGCGAUAAAAAUAAAUGUGAACAAAAUCGAGAGAAUAAACACAAUUGGCAAUUUUAA